AUGACAGCAACGCGACGGUUCGCCAACUCUUUUCCCCACCGUCGCCAACGCUUCUCCCCACCGUCGCCCACGCUUCCCCCCACCGUCGCCCACGUUUCCCCCCACCGUCGCCCACGCUUCCCCCCACCGUCGCCCACGUUUCCCCCCACCGUCGCCCAAGUUUCCCCCCACCGUCGCCCACGUUUCCCCCCACCGUCGCCCACGUUUCCCCCCACCGUCGCCCACGUUUCCCCCCACCAUCGCCCACGCUUCCCCCCACCGUCGCCCACGCUUCCCCUGCCAUCGCCCUCCGUGUCGCCCGGGAAUCCCCCCUCCCGCCGGCCUCCCUCCCCUCCCGCGAAAAACCCCCCCGUCCUCUCAUUACCCCGGCCUCUCAUCCCCCUGUCCCCUGUCCUCUCAUCCCCUCGUCCUCUCAUCCCCCCGUCCUCUCAUCCCCUCGUCCUCUCAUCCCCUCGUCCUCUCAUCCCCCCGUCCUCUCAUCCCCCCGUCCUCUCAUCCCCCCGUCCUCUCAUCCCCCCGUCCUCUCAUCCCCCCGUCCACUCAUCCCCCCGUCCUCUCAUCCCCCUGUCCUCUCAUCCCUCUGUCCUCUCAUCCCUCUGUCCUCUCAUCCCCCCGUCCUCUCAUCACCCCGUCCUCUCAUCCCACUGUCCUCUCAUCCCCCUGUCCCCCGUCCUCUCAUCCCCCCGUCCUCUCGUCCCCCUGUCCUCUCGUCCCCCGUCCUCUCAUCCCCCCGUCCUCUCAUCCCCCUGUCCUCUCAUCCCCCUGUCCUCUCAUCCCUCUGUCCUCUCACCCCCCCGUCCUCUCACCCCCCCGUCCUCUCAUCCCCCCGUCCUCUCACCCCCCUGUCCCCUCAUCCCCCUGUCCUCUCAUCCCCCUGUCCUCUCAUCCCCCCGUCCUCUCAUCCCCCUGUUCCCUGUCCUCUCGUCCCCCCAUCCUCUCAUCCCCCCGUCCCCUGUCCUCUCGUCCGCCUGUCCUAUCAUCCCCCCGUCCUCUCAUCCCCCUGUCCUCUCAUCCCCCUGUCCUCUCAUCCCCCUGUCCUCUCAUCCCCCCGUCCUCUCAUCCCUCCGUCCUCUCAUCCCUCUGUCCUCUCAUCCCCCUGUCCUCUCAUCCCCCUGUCCUCUCAUCCCCCUGUCCUCUCAUCCCCCUGUCCUCUCAUCCCCCUGUCCUCUCAUCCCCCCGUCCUCUCAUCCCUCUGUCCUCUCAUCCCUCUGUCCUCUCAUCCCCCUGUCCUCUCAUCCCCCCGUCCUCUCAUCCCCCCGUCCUCUCAUCCCCCCGUCCUCUCGUCCCCCUGUCCUCUCGUCCCCCUGUCCUCUCGUCCCCCUGUCCUCUCGUCCCCCUGUCCUGUCGUCCCCCUGUCCUCUCGUCCCCCUGUCCUCUCGUCCCCCUGUCGUCUCGUCCCCCUGUCCUCUCAUCCCCCCGUCCUCUCACCCCUCUGUCCUCUCGUCCCCCCGUCCUCUCACCCCCCUGUCCCCUCAUCCCCCUGUCCUCUCAUCCCCCUGUCCUCUCAUCCCCCUGUCCUCUCAUUCUCACCCCCCCGUCCUCUCAUCCCCCUGUUCCCUGUCCUCUCGUCCCCCCAUCCUCUCAUCCCCCCGUCCCCUGUCCUCUCGUCCGCCUGUCCCCUCAUCCCCCUGUCCUCUCAUCCCCCUGUCCUCUCAUCCCCCCGUCCUCUCAUCCCCCUGUUCCCUGUCCUCUCGUCCCCCCAUCCUCUCAUCCCCCCGUCCCCUGUCCUCUCGUCCGCCUGUCCUAUCAUCCCCCCGUCCUCUCAUCCCCCUGUCCUCUCAUCCCCCUGUCCUCUCAUCCCCCUGUCCUCUCAUCCCCCCGUCCUCUCAUCCCUCCGUCCUCUCAUCCCUCUGUCCUCUCAUCCCCCUGUCCUCUCAUCUCCCUGUCCUCUCAUCCCCCUGUCCUCUCAUCCCCCUGUCCUCUCAUCCCCCCGUCCUCUCAUCCCUCUGUCCUCUCAUCCCUCUGUCCUCUCAUCCCCCUGUCCUCUCAUCCCCCCGUCCUCUCAUCCCCCCGUCCUCUCAUCCCCCCGUCCUCUCGUCCCCCCGUCCUCUCGUCCCCCUGUCCUCUCGUCCCCCUGUCCUCUCGUCCCCCUGUCCUCUCGUCCCCCUGUCCUCUCGUCCCCCUGUCGUCUCGUCCCACUGUCCUCUCAUCCCCCCGUCCUCUCACCCCUCUGUCCUCUCGUCCCCCCGUCCUCUCACCCCCCUGUCCCCUCAUCCCCCUGUCCUCUCAUCCCCCUGUCCUCUCAUCCCCCUGUCCUCUCAUUCUCACCCCCCCGUCCUCUCAUCCCCCUGUUCCCUGUCCUCUCGUCCCCCCAUCCUCUCAUCCCCCCGUCCCCUGUCCUCUCGUCCGCCUGUCCUCUCAUCCCCCCGUCCUCUCAUCCCUCUGUCCUCUCGUCCCCCUAUCCUCUCAUCCCCUCGUCCUCUCAUCCGCCUGUCCUCUCAUCCCCCCGUCCUCUCAUCCCCCCGUCCCCCUGACCUCUCGUCCCCCUGUCCUCUCGUCCUCUUGUCCUCACAUGCCCCUGUCCUUUCAUCCUCCCGUCCUCUCAGUUCAUAUUCUCUCUGUCCCCCUUCUCUCUGUUUCCCUUCUCCUCAUCGCCUUUCUCCCUGUCCCUCGUCUUCCUCACCCCCUUCCCCGUAUACCUAUCCCCUACUACCACCAUUGCCUUCCCUGCCCUUCCUCACCCUCCCUCCUAUUUCCCCCCACCCUCUGCCUCCCUUUCCCUCACCCUCUCCCCAUGUGUGGCAACUGUCAGCAAGCUGA